UUCUCAUCAUGGAGGCGAGCUACGUCAGGCAUGUGGAGCUAUUUGGCUUUGAGAAACGUUCAUUCCCGAGUCAGCACUAUGUGUACAUGCUGAUGGUGAAAUGGAGUGACCUCUCAGAGAAGCUGAUCUACAGAACGUAUCCUGAGAUUCACACCUUUCACAAGUCCCUGAAGGAGAUGUUUCCCAUCGAGUCUGGUGAAAUAGAAAAGAAGGACAGAAUAAUUCCGUCAUUACCAGCUCCACGGUGGUUGAUCAGUGAGAAGUCUCCAGAGACCAGGCAGAGCACGCUGUCGGAGUACUGCCACUCGCUCAUCAACCUGCCGCCUCACAUCUCCCGCAGCAAACAGCUAACCAACUUCUUCAAGGUCCGACCCGAGGACGAGAACCCGCCUGCUCUGAACCCAGUGAAAAAAAGCGAAACCUUUGUGGUGAACAAGGAGUCGUACAGAGGCAACGUUUCUGAGAUUUCUGGCCCCAUCAUUUUGGACACCUACAGAGUGAUCGCUGACUUCGAGAAGACGUCUAAACAUGAGAUUAAUCUGCACACUGGAGACCUGGUGGAAAUCGUGGAGAAAAAUCCAAAUGGGUGGUGGUUCUGCCAGUGUGAGUCUAAUCGAGGCUGGAUCCCUGCGUCUUACCUGGAGCCGCUGGACGGACCGGAUGAAGCAGAGGAGGCUGAUCCGGACUAUGAAGGAGAGAUGCACGUCAGCAUCAGAGCCUACAAGGCAGAGCUGGAGGACGAGAUCUCUCUGGAGAGCGGGGAAACCGUCGCCGUCAUCCACAAACUGCUGGACGGCUGGUGGGUCGUCAGGAAAGGAGAUGAGACCGGACAUUUCCCUUCAAUAUUCCUGCACAAGGCCGGCAAGAGGGAGAUAUAUGAAGCACAGCGGACAAACCUGCAGGGACAGAAACCUCCCCCCCGCAGAUCCACCAUCAGAAAUGCGAAGAGCAUCCACAACAAGUCUCGUCAGCGGCUCAGCCAGGACACUUACCGCAGGAACAGCCGCCGCUACCUCCAGCAGAAAGGGGGCCGCCUGGCAGAGCCCAGCAAGAACUCCAAGACCGCCGCAAAGUCACCGCUGAGGGAGAGGAAGAACCAGGACAACAUUCCCGAGCAGUCCACGUCCGGCUCAGAGAGUGAGCUGAAGAAGGAUGCUCCGGUUAUCCCCCCCCGGCCCAGUCCGGAGCUCAUCCUGGAGCGCUGCAGCGACAACACCUGCAAGAGAGUCAGCAUCCACAGGUCAAACUCUGGCUCCUCCAAAUAGCACCGGAAGUCACUAGAUGUUGUGAAAUUUACAAUGAAAUCACUUUUUUUUUGUUGCCUAAGUUUGUGGCAGACAGUUGAAAUGCAAUCGUAAAACCUAGAGGGAGAUGCAGGCGGUCAUGGGAAAAGGUUAUUGAAUUGAGUGGAGAAUAAGUCAUAUUACCUUAAAGUAAAUUCUGUAAAUUGAUGUGGGAGGAAAUGUUUUAAAAUGUAUACUUUUAUAACUUUACUAUGGUAAAAAAAAUCCAGUGAAGUUCGACUGUCAUGAUGUGCAACAGUGUGGCUCAUUGUUUUAAUCAGGCUUUGUUACACAAACAAUACUUGUAUGUUAAUCUUUUUCACAGGAUUUUUUGUAUCUCCAGAGAUAUCCUUUAUGUCACACUGUGCAAGUUUAGAAAAAUCUUGACUUUGCUACCAUCUGGUUGUCAUAUCAAGAAGAACAAGGUGGCAGACAGUUGUCUAAUUCUAACUUUGCUGCUUCCAUUUAUUUUACAACCCUCAAGUUGACUGAUAAAAUGUGUCGGACUAUUCAUUUAAGACCAGAUCAUUAAAAAAAACUGAAUUUAA